CCUCCUCAAGUGCAUUCUGGGAAUAUGUCACGCACAAACACUUUUAAGAAUAUAUAAGUAGAUAUCAAGUUAAUAAUAUAAUCGAAAAUUUACUUCUGUUAUAUUAAGUCGGUGUAGAUAAUGCAACAUAACGUUUUAUGAUAAUACAGCAGUGAACGUUCAAUGCGUUAAUAUAACAAUGGCGGAAGGAUCGGAGGUAUGUUAUUUCGAUUUACGUGUUGUACAUGAUCAUUUUGACAAAGCUCUUGUGCAGGAUGAUGAUGUUGAUAUUAAAGCAUAUUUGGAUGCCUACAAUGAAUUAUACAAGUUUUUCCAACUUAUGGGCAGUGUAUUCAGUUUUGUUUCUUCUGAUUUGAAACAAAAGAUCGACAUUCUUGCUGACUUAUUAAGUAAAAAUGAUCGAAAUUAUAUGACCAUCAAGACCAUGAUCGAGUAUGAAAAAGAAAACAAACUUUUAGAGAAAGCAGAUUAUGUUAAUGGAGCACGUACUUUGUUGCGACUCCACAGGGGCUUAGAUUUUAUAAGAGAAUUUUUACACCAACUAGGAGAGAUAAGUGACACCGAUAAAACAUCUACUUGCUGCCAAGAUGCAUAUAAUAAAACCUUAGCAAAACAUCAUCCAUGGGUAAUACGUAAAGCUGCAGUAGUAGCAAUGUAUACUAUGCCUACUAGAGAAUUAUUAUUUAAAAAGGUUUGCGGUGUGAAUGUACAACGAAAUGUAGAUAUUCUACCAAAAAUGCUUGAAGUUACUGUCGAUGUACUCAAUCGUACUCAUACUUUAUUUGAAUUGCAUCAGCUGCACACCUUGCCAUGAAAAGGAAAGUAUUGUGAUUAAUUGAAAGUCUAUACGUCAGCUUUCACCAACUUUGGUUGAAUUCGCAAAGUAUAAAUGUUUGUGAAACGCAAUCAAUGAUAAUUGCGUUAUUAUACAGGGUGUUUCAGUAGCUUUGUCACAAAUAAUUAUCAGGAUAACUAUUGGUGAUACAAGGAUAAUUCUUGUUUAAUUUAUAAAUUUUAUUUUAUGAUAUGAGUAUCUGUGUAACAGAUUCUCAGAAAUGGCCUUACAACUAUUGAUUUUGAUAAUCAAUUAACAUCCUACUUAUCUAAAAUUAUUGAACAAACAAGUUAACAUUAAUACUUUAUAAUAGAGUUAUUGAAUCACCUUGGUAAACAACAUUACAGAUCACUAUAUACAAGCACGCUCGUUUUGUAAUAUUUACGUUAUAUAACAAUUUAUAAUUAUAUUAACUGAAUACGUACAAAUAGACGUUAGCAUGCGAACGUCUUUCUCAGCCAUAGCAUAUCAUAUACCGAAAAAAUAAAACAUUCCUUUCAUGCAUUUUGAUAAAGAACACGAAUUAAUUUUCCUUUGAGUAACUACGUCAUAUAUUAUAUUUAUAAAAUUAAUGAACGUUUAUACAAUAAUAAUCUUUAUGGGAAAAUGUACAUGGUAAAUGAAUCAUAUUGCAUUGUCUUUCAUUUAUAAAUGCUUCCAGAAAUUAUUUACAAUGUCCUUAUUUAAAUCGAGACAAUAAAUAAUAUUGCAACUAGACGUAUAGGUUAUGUGACCAGAUUUUUUGUUAAUACUCGAGAGUAUAAUUGGAAGUUACAUUAACCAUAUGAGAGGAAGCAUCGUCUAUCAGCAUACCUACGAAAGAAAUAAAUUGACAUAAGGAAGAAAAAAAAGAAUUAUUGGAGAAUAAAUACAAUGAUUAAAUAUGUAAAACUAAAGAAAUUAUUAUUAUUCUUUGGCAGACCUAUGAGAGAAAUAAAUGAAUGUAAGAAAAAAAAAUCAAUAUUAUUAUGAAACAGUCUUUUUACCGGCAACAGAAGCUGUGAGAAAACAAACAGCACUGCCAGAGAUAAAUGCUCUUAUUGUAACAGCAGUGAUCUCUUUUUUCUUAUUUGGUGCUAAAUUGCUUAAAGAACCAAUCAUGAUACCGAUGCAUGCAGGAUUAGAAAAUCCACAAAGGGCAUACGUGGCAAUGGCUUCAGAUCUAACAGAAAGUCUAUUCUGUUUUUUAUAUAUUCCAAGUUCUUUAUAAGCGAUGAAUUCAUUAAUGACAGUCUUUAUUCCUAUCAAGUAUCCAACAUCUUCGCAUUCAUUCCACGGUACACCCAUGAUCCAACUCAAUGGCAUAAAAAUUUUUGAUAAGAAAUACUAAAAAGUAAAAUACGCUUAAUGUUCCUUUUGAAUGAUACAAGACAGUACUUAAACAAAAGAAUUAAAACAAAUAAUCAAAAAGAAUAUUUUCUCAUUACCUGAAAAUUCCAAUCGUUAAAUCCCAAAAGUUGACCGAACCAAAAGAGUAAACCAUUGAUAAAGGCAACAAAUGAUAUAAAAGCUAUAAUAUUAGCUAUUAUACCAAGUAUUACAGGAAUUGCUGCCAGUGCUCCAUUACUCGCAGCAUCCAAAAUUCCAGAAUCAUUUCUGAAAAUUAUUUCUUUUUUAUAUGAAUGUAAAAUCGUUGAAAUGAUAUAAAUGUAUGUGUAUAUAUAUGUGUGUGUAUGUGUGUGUGUGUGUGUAUGUACAUCAAUUUAAAUCUUACGAUUUCUCCAAUUGAAUGUUGUCCGAAUUGGUUUGACUUUCCUCUGUCUCAGGAUAAAAUAAUUUAGAAUAACAAAGGGCAGCCGGGGCUGACAUUACUGAUGCUAUCAGCAAAUGUGCUGGAUCGGCACCAAAUUUGACAUAUGCAGCAAAAACACUACCUACGAGAAAUCAAAGAAAUCUAUUAUAUUUAUUCUUUAGAAAGGAAGAUGAUUUUCAUUUCUUCCUUUUUUUCUUUUAUUUCACAUUCGAUAUACCUGAAACCGAGGCAAACCCAGAACACAUAACGGCAUGCAUUUCGGAAGAUGUCAGUUUACUGAUAUAUGGUUUUAUCAAUAAAAGAGAUUCGGUCUGAGGGAAAAGAAAAAGAACAACAUCAACGUAACAUUUUUCAUGAUAUUUCAAUAAAAGAUAUUACCAUUCCAAUGAACGUAUUUGAUACACUAUUCAACGAUUCGCAUAUUGUAGUUCCCAUGAUACAUUGCAAACCCCAUCCAAAUUUCAUAACCACCCACUGCAUAACUCCAAUAUAAUAUAAUAUUUGAAUAAAACAGCUAAAGAAGAAAAUAACUGGAAUGACC